UUCGAGGCUCCUUUAGGGAAGAGGGGGACGAAAACAUGGACACUUUUGAGCAUGAGUGUUCGAGGAUGUAAUCACUGAAAAAAUAUGCAAGUUGCCUCGCGACAGCCACACCAGAGAAAGUGUUUUUCUCUCUCUCUCCGUGCGUAAAGACGCACACCCGGCUUGCUUCCUCAGCUCGCGCUGCUGCCCAGACUUCAGGUUGGGGAGCCGUCACGUAUUUACUGACGGGGACACGCGAGUUUUCGUGCCAAUGCUCCAUCUGCUCGCGAAGGCACUAUUUGGGGAGAUAAACCGAACCAACCGUCAUUUUCCUUUCCGUUUUGCCGUUUCGUGUCAACAAGUUCAAAUCCAGAUUCUCUCAGUCUGUCUGCCACUGGGAGGGAAAUAACGGAACCGCUACUCCCUCCUGUAUCACCAACUCACCAAGGGAGAUUUAUUUCCAUUAAAACUUUGGAAUCUUUUUUUCAACUGCGGUACACAAAAUAAUCAGAGCGCGCAGAGAAUGAUGGCACGACGCAUUUACCGAAACCUGGUUUUCUCGUCCAUGUUAGGAUGCUUGGUUUGGCUAACGGUGGUUUCUGUCGUUCACGCUGACGGUCGUGUGUUUCUAUUGGACCAGAGAAACACGUCUGACUCCGGGGGAUUGGCCGAGGCAGAACAUGCGUGUGCUCUCCAUGAUGCCCGACUGGCAUCGACCGAGGAGCUGCGUCACGCCGUGGUGGAGUGUUCCUUCUCUGCCUGCACACGAGGAUGGCUGGACGGGGGCAGCGUGGGGACUACAGUGUGCAGUAAUCAGGGCAGUGCUCUGAAGGCAGUGGAUGUGAAGAUAGAGAACACUACAGAGGACAACACACACCUGGAUGUGUUCUGUGUCAAAGACAAAGGUGGACCAUGUGGCGAUCCCCCUGCGUUCCCCAACACGCGUCUCCAGGGCCACACAGGGUUUGAGAUGGGGGACGAGCUGCUGUACUCCUGUCUCCCUGGUCAUGUGAUGCCCAGCGGCCACUCAGCAUUCAGCCUGCUGUGUGACAGCUGUGGAGAGUGGUAUGGACUGGUACAGCUUUGUAGCAAAUACAAGACAGAGACACACAUCGACUAUGAAGAUAAGUUCACUGAUCACGAUCACCACCUCUCCUACAACACCCCUGAAGAGGAGGAGAACACAGAGGAGGAACUGCUAGAGGAGGAGGAGGAGGCAGGAGGAGAGGAGGAGGCAGGAGGAGAGGAGCUGUCUGUGGGAGAGGAGGAGCAGAAGGUGGACACAGAAGAAGAGGAGCACAGCAAUCAGGAGCAACAAGAGGCCAGUUUCAGUGUGGAGGGAGAAGAGGAGCAGGAGGAGGAGGCAGGAGGAGAGGAGGCGGCAGGAGGAGAGGAGCUGUCUGUGGGAGAGGAGGAGCAGAAGGAGGACACAGAAGAAGAGCACAGCGACCAGGAGCAACAAGAGGCCAGCUUCAGUGUGGAGGGAGAAGAGGAGCAGGAGGAGGAGGCAGGAGGAGAGGAGGCGGCAGGAGGAGAGGAGCUGUCUGUGGGAGAGGAGGAGCAGAAGGAGGACACAGAAGAAGAGCACAGCGACCAGGAGCAACAAGAGGCCAGCUUCAGUGUGGAGGGAGAAGAGGAGCAGGAGGAGGAGGAGGAGGCAGGAGGAGAGGAGGCGGCAGGAGGAGAGGAGCUGUCUGUGGGAGAGGAGGAGCAGAAGGAGGACACAGAAGAAGAGCACAGCGACCAGGAGCAACAAGAGGCGAACUUCAGUGUGGAGGGAGAAGAGGAGCAGGAGGAGGAGGAGGAGGCAGGAGGAGAGGAGGCGGCAGGAGGAGAGGAGCUGUCUGUGGGAGAGGAGGAGCAGCAAGAGGAGGAGGUGGGGGGAGGAAUGGAGGAAGAGGUGGAAGACUCGACAGACCCUCCUGUUGAGAAGGAGGAGCAGGUGGAGGAGAUGGGCGUGUCAGAGAUGACUGAGGCGCCAGUCUCCCUGAUAUCUCAGAAGCACCUGUUCUGGUUCCCCUCAGAGGCCAUCCAGGAGGCGGGACAUGUGGAACCCACCCACCCGCUAGUCACACAGGACACACCCACUGAGGGGGACAACCGUGUCAGGGCCUCCGGCAGCGAAUUAAUGGAGAGCAAGCAAGACGACAGCCAACCAGAGGAGACAAAGGAUUAUGACAGCCAUGAGGGUCACUUCCAACAACCAAUUGACCCCGUUGACCAUGAUGACCAUCACCACGACGACCAUGCUGACCACGAAGAUGACGUUGACCAUGAACAUAUUGACCGUGAACAUGACGAUCAACGUGAACAUAACCACUAUGACCACGACGGUCAAACAGAUCCUGGCCACGAUGAAAGCUCUGAGGGUGAAGACCAUGUUGUCGAACGCCUUGACCACAAUGAUCAUGAUGACCAUGAAAGCUAUGGCAGUGAAGACGCCCACCGUGAGGCCCAAGGAGAACACGAGGAGGAUGACCGUGAGAAGGCUGGUCGGUACGAUGACGUGGGCGAGGAGCAUUAUGACAUGGGUGAACACGAGGAGGAUCAAAACCAUGAUGACCACGAAGACCACGAAGGUCAUGACCGCGGUGAUGUAACCGAUCACCAUGACGACCACGACCAUGUCCAUGAUCACCUUGAUAAAGACCACAGUGAACAUGAAGAUGAUCGUAGUGACCCUAACAGUCACGACCAUCACUACGACGACCAUGAUUAUGAUGACUAUGUGAUCCCCCCCGUCGGCAUGACAACAGGCGAGCCUCAGAACGUAACUCAGGAGGCGACGGGAGCAAAACCCACAGCCAGCUCAGACGAGACCUGGUUGGACGGCUACCCUGUUAGUCAAGAGGAGACCGACGCUGAUAAAGUGGGCGGUGUAUCCUCAGAGGAAGGGGUGGAGCUUGAGGAGGAAGAGAAGGGUGUUGUGGUUGUCGGGGCGACUGACCGGCCCAAUGAGGUGGAGUUGAGUCGUCCCACCCCGUUCACUGGAGUCCCCCAGGUCCCCCUGUCCCCCACACAGGGGGCGAACCCUGUAGAACAGGAUCAGGACCAGGGCUUGGUGGGAGGACUCACCCCUACAGCCUCACCCGACCUACCUGUCUCCCCCGACUACGCCACCCCCUCUCUGACAUCAUCACUGGAUGACGAUGACGAUGCCCCCGGCAACACAGCCAGGCAUUCUCCCACAGACUCCUGGGAAACCACGGAUCACGUGCACCCUUUCCUGGAGCACGGCCCCGCCCCCACAGCGUGGACUGAUGACGUCAUCGACGAGGAGGAACGUUCGGCCCAGCACAACCUGACUCGACACAGCGGGGAGAUGGAGGGGGAGGAGGGGGAGAGCGAAGGUGAGACGGGGGAAACAGGGUGUACUGGGGGUGAGGAGGACUGCCCUCCUCCCCCUCCUCCCUCCUCCGGCGGGGGUUCCACAGUUGCAGCCAUUGUGGUUGCUGUGUGCGCGGUUGCCGUGGCAGCCACCAUCGGGGCUUGGUGUUACCGGCGGAAACAGCAGAAGAGCUCGAUGUACGAGAUGAACGGGAAGGGUCAGAGUCACAGCAGACAUGGACAACAGAUAGAGAUGCAACAGAAAGUCUAAGAUAAAGAGAGAGACAGUGGGGAUACAGAGAGUAGAGGGGAGGGUUCCUGUGUAAUUACCAUGUUCCUGUGUAAUUACCAUAAUAAUUACCAUGUUCCUGUGUAAUUACCAAAAUAAUUACCAUGUUCCAGCGUAAUUACCAUGUUCCUGUGCAAUUACCAUAAUAAUUACCAUGUUCCUGUGUAAUUACCAUGUUCCUGUGCAAUUACCAUAAUAAUUACCAUGUUCCUGUGUAAUUACCAUGUUCCUGUGUAAUUACCAUAAUAAUGACAAUGUUCCUGUGUAAUUACCGUGUUACAGUGCAAUUACCAUAAUAAUUACCAUGUUCCUGUGUAAUUACCAUGUUACAGUGUAAGUACCAAGUUACUGUGUAAUUACCAUAAUAAGUCCCAUGUUACUGUAUAAUUACCAUGUUCCUGGGUAAUUACCAUGUUACAGUGUAAUUACUAUGUUAGUGUAAUUACUAUAUUACAGUGUAAUUACCAUGUGACAGUGUAAUUACCAUGUUCCUGGGUAAUUACCAUAGUAAUUACCAUGUUACUGUAUAAUCACCAUGUUCCCUAUGUAAUUACCAUGCCACUGUGUAAUUACCAUAAUAGUUACCAUGUUCCUGUGCAAUUAGCAUGAUAUUUACCCUCUUACUGUGGAAUUACCAUAAUAAUUGUUGUUCCUGUGCAAUUAGCAUGUUAGUGUAAUUACCAUCUUACUGUGUAAUUACCAUAAUAAUUACCAUGUUCCUGUGCAAUUAGCAUGUUAAUGUAAUUCCCAUCUUAUUGUGUAAUUACCAUAAUAAUUACCAUGUUACUGUAUAAUUACCAUGUUACUGCUUCCCUUUGUUGUUAUGUCGACUUCUCUGCUCUUGUGUGAGCCAAUAUAACUGUGUCAUUGUUGCUAUGUAGUUGUGUAACCUUGUACGUGAUAGUAAUGAAUCCGUGUUUCCCACCAUGAAAUCAGCAUUUGAAAAUGUUGUCAAGGUUGAUGCUCUGAUCUGAGUGAAUGCAUGCAGAGUCCUAUUUAAAUGGAAGAAAACGGACUGAAACAUGGAAGGAUUAUCUGAACUUGUCCCAUGUUUCCGUUUUGCCACAGUGUGCCCUAUUGAACACGACCAAGUAGCUGUUCCAAUGUCUAUACCUCCACUAACACCACCUAAACAUCAAGGAUAAGACAAGACAAAUAUAAUAUUCCGUAACUCAAUGCGUAAAUGUGAAAGAAUCCUAAACUAAGGGACCAGCGAUGCUCGUUAAUCAACGGUCCCAUGAAUCUGUUUAUUUUCUAAAGCUUCUUUCUGCAUAUAAUUAUCGUCCUAACCUGGGUAUCUUCAACCUUAGCCUAAAGGCAGGAAGUAGAAAAGAACAGGUAAAGAAUCAUCAACGAGGGGCUGUGCGUUCUAUGGGAAAUAAUGAACGGCUGGGAAGGUGUUAUCUACGACGCGUUGGCGGAGCUGAACUAACCUUCCACCGAGUUACAUUAUUCUCCGGAACGCACAGAGCCCUGAGUUGAUUAUUCAUUUUAAACCAUGGCUAUAAUGGAACACAUUUACCACUAGAAAAGGUUUCUUUUUGCUGGUAGAAAUGUGUUCAACGUCCACUGUGGUAGCUAGCUUGUUUACUUGAUAGCUACAGGUGUUUGCCAACUUGCUUUGGUCAACAAACCAUCAGUCCUGCUAGCUUGCUAUUAUGAUAAUCUAAUUCAACAAUGCCAAUAAUAUUUUCAAUUCGACAAUUGCUUUCAAAAGCAACUCAGAUAUAGGACAUUGAAUAUCAACUUCACAGCCGUUGAAUAUCACUGUGCGUUAUAGGAAUAUAAUGCACGCUCCAGAAUGCCCUUCUAGCCAAUCAGAAUUUAGUAUUCAACAAUUCCAUGGUAUAAAACAGAAAUAACCCAUAAAGUUCUACUAUACACACAAAUGAACAAUAUAAUGAACCAUUGUUGCUUGUAAGAGAACACUUAGACAGGCACCAUAUUAUGGUGUGAAUAAAGUGUAUUUUUUUGUA